UGCCAUAGCAAGAACAGAUAAAAGCAUUCAGAAGUCAUUGGGAAAUCAAAGGCUGAAGGAGCAAUUUCUGCCGCCAACAAACAUGGGGUGUGCGAAGAUCUUGCAUCUGAGUACGUAUGUUACUUUACUGGCCUUCUUCCCCCUGCGCGCCUACAGCACAGACGUCGAGAACCGUUCUGCGCCCGACGCAUGCUCAACACACACAAUUUUACCAGGACCCAAAGGUGAACCAGGCCAAAAGGGUGACGUUGGUGAAAUUGGAAAACCAGGAAAGGAAGGUCCCAAGGGUCGAAAAGGUGCUACAGGAGGACUGGGGGAUGUAGGCGACCAGGGACUCAUCGGGAAGUUUGGUCCAAUCGGCGGCAAAGGUGAUAAGGGUUACAAAGGCUUACCUGGUGUUCCCGGAGGAAAAGGAAAGCCAGGCAGCUUCUGUGAUUGUGGCAGAUACCGGAAGGUUGUGGGCCAGCUGGAUAAUAAUGUUGCACGUUUAAAGUCAUCGCUAAACUUUGUGAAAAAUGUGAUUGCUGGGAUCAGGGAGACAGAGGAGAAGUUUUACUACAUAGUGAAGGAAGAACGGAGUUACAGGGACGCCCUGACACAAUGUCGGAUCAGAGGAGGCACGUUGGCCAUGCCCAAGGAUCAAGCAACCAACUCUUUGAUUGCCGACUACAUCUCUAAGAUGGGAUUGCUCAGGGUAUACAUUGGAAUAAAUGACAUCGAGAAAGAAAAGCACUAUGUUUACACUGAUAAUACCCCUGUGCAGAACUUCAGCAACUGGAAAGAGGGCGAGCCCAACGAUGGCUCAGGGUACGAAGACUGUGUAGAGAUGCACGGAACCGGUGUUUGGAAUGACGUAGAAUGUCAUCUUACAAUUUACUUUGUGUGUGAAUUUCUGAAGAAGACAAAAUAGUUUUUUUUUAAAAAAGGGAUGUCCAGAAUUACUCAUAAAAACCCACUUAACUAAGUGUAUCACUUACCCAGAAAGUUCUAUUCUCUAACCUUCUAGGACAAGAAUUGGACAUCUCUGUCUUAAAAGAAUUCCAUUAUAUAUUUUAUUAUUACUACGACAUUUGUUAUUAAAAUGUAUUAUUAGAUUAUGUUUGUUGUCCUACAAUUUGAUACCAUGUAACGUUAAGACGAUAAAGAGUUAAAGUAUGCAAUGGAAAACAUAAGCCUUCCUUAUGUAAAUAUAAUUCCUAUUAAUAAAUUAAAUAUAAAAACCCCA